UCUCUUUCUCUCUCUCUCUCUCUCUCUCUCUCUCUCUCUUCCCCUCCCUGUCAAGUCCACGUCUCUCUAUAAUGGCGGAAAGCCAACCUUCUCCACGUUCCAUAUCUAACUCUCCUCAAUUUCCUGAUUCUACUUCCUAUAUAUCUCUUCCCCAUCUUUCUCUGCAUUUGACCUCCGUGCCUCGGAAUCCGUCUUCCACUCUCCUUUCGGCGUGACUACCAUUAUUAACAUCCGAUUUGAUCUGCCAGAAAGAGCUUACGACUACAUGUUAAGGAGGUGCAGUUCCGUAGCCUAGCUUGUGGCAGGCCAAAACUGUGAGAUUUGUGGACAAAAGUUUAUGUCGGAGAAUAUGGUUGAUUGUUUAUAGGAGAGAAAACUUUUGGCUUUUGACAUUGAAGUGCAAUAUUUCCUUGGUCAAAACUUAGAUGACAAUGCCUUUUGCUAGCAAGGCAAACUCAAAAGUGACUCUCGAUGCAGCAGCAUGGGCAUUCAAUAUCGUCACAUCUGUUGGAAUUAUUAUGGUCAAUAAGGCCUUAAUGGCCACCUAUGGAUUCAGCUUUGCUACAACGUUAACUGGUCUUCAUUUUGCCGCAACCACAUUGAUGACCCUUGUACUUAGAUGGAUGGGACAUAUCCAGUCUUCUCAUCUACCACCAUCUGAGAUUUUAAAAUUUAUUUUAUUCGCAAACUUUUCUAUUGUUGGGAUGAACGUGAGCUUGAUGUGGAACUCUGUGGGAUUCUAUCAGAUUGCGAAGCUGAGUAUGAUCCCCGUAUCCUGUUUUCUGGAAGUUGUCUUGGACAAAAUGAGAUACUCAAGGAACACCAAGCUCAGCAUAUUGUUAGUUCUCUUGGGAGUUGCCAUCUGUACUGUUACGGAUAUGAGUGUAAAUGUCAAGGGCUUUAUAGCCGCCUUUGUGGCAGUUUGGGCCACUGCUCUUCAGCAGUAUUAUGUACAUUACCUUCAAAGGAAGUAUGCGCUAGGAUCUUUCAACCUAUUAGGGCAUACCGCACCAGCGCAAGCUGCAUCUCUGCUGUUAUUAGGGCCCUUUGUGGACUAUUGCUUGACAAAUAAAACGGUUGGCGCAUAUCCCUAUACAUUAACAUCUGUGUUCUUCAUUAUCCUAUCGUGCACGAUCGCGAUAGGUACCAAUCUCAGCCAGUUCAUUUGCAUCGGCAGAUUCUCAGCCGUGACCUUCCAAGUGCUUGGCCAUAUGAAGACUAUUCUUGUCCUGACCUUAGGUUUCCUUUUCUUUGGAAAAGACGGCCUUAACCUACAAGUAGUUCUGGGCAUGGUAAUUGCAAUUAUGGGAAUGAUAUGGUAUGGCAACGCCUCUUCUAAGCCAGGAGGAACAGAAACUCAGAACCUUUCGUCACCAAACCUCAAACCUCAAAAGCAAAAUGGAUUAUUAGAAUCCAUCGAGCUUGAUGAGAAGGUGUAGCCUGGUCUUUCUACUGAAGCUGGUUUGAGAAACUCGUUUUCGUAUAAAACAUCAGAUUCAUUAUACCUUAAGGUUAAACAAUUUACUGCAACACAAUUUAUUUUUAUCAUUGAUCAUCUCUUGUUCUUGUAUUUAUUCAAGAUACGAAUUCUGCUGAACAAUGAGCAAGUUACCCAUAAAUUUCUGUCAAUUAUGCUCGUUUGUUAUAGUAAUUUAUGUUGACCGA